AUCAUUGCAUUGACAACUAUGCUCGAGGUAGCUCGCAUCCAAGAGAUUUCCGUCCCGCUAACCACCACCUCGCCAGACGACUGGCUCGCCCGAGAUCACGAUGUAGACAGCCAUGUCUACCUCAUCCUCCACAGACCCCUUGGCUCCAACGCUCCCUAUCGUUGGGGCAUCACCUGGGCCGUCGGCGGCCUCGCGACGAACGAGGUGCCGGCGUGGAGGACUGUCCAGCUCGAGACGCUCGCUGACCCAUACGGCGGGGAGCUCGAGCCACAUUACGUGUAUCUAGGCGCAAUUACGAGGACAGUUGCACCUAGCACGUUGUCGACGAGGCUUUAUGAUCUCGGUAUGUUGAGCUUGGCACAGCGGCGGGUGGUUGAGCAAGUGGCACAGGACGUGGAAGUCGACGGGCGGGAUUCUCAAAGCUGGGUCACAGAACUAUUGAAGAGGUUGACUUCUCUUGGUGUUCUCUCAAAAGACCGUUGCGAAGGCGUCCUCUCGAGAAUUGUAUCUGCUUAGUCACGACCCGUUGAGAACGCGGGGAAACCGUGCUCUACCGCGCCUUAACUCAAUAGCCUCAUAAUGCUGUGUAGUUAUAUCUGUAUAUCCGUGUAUCACGCCUUCUGACGAAGUGGGAUGUAAUAUAGCGCUUUGUUCCUUGCAAAACAGCCUCUGUUCGGAACGCCUGCUCC